UCCGCUUCCCGCGGCGCUCCCUGCGCCCCGCGCGGCCGGCGGAUGGCGAGUUACAGCCGGGCGGCCCAGCAAUGGGCUACUUUUGCCAGAGCUUGGUACCUCCUCGAUGCGAAGAUGCAGCCCCCAGGAAAAAUAGCAGCUGCCACUGUAAUCAGACUCGAAGGCAGACAUAAACCUAUUUAUCAUGCACUAAAUGACUGUGGAGAUCAUGUUGUCAUAAUAAAUACAAGACAUAUUGCCUUCUCUGGUAACAAAUGGGAACAAAAAGUAUAUUCUUCACAUACUGGUUAUCCUGGUGGUUUCAAACAGGUGACAGCAACUCAGCUCCAUUUGAAGGAUCCAACUGCUAUUGUUAAACUGGCUGUUUAUAGAAUGCUUCCAAAAAACCUUCAGAGGAGAACUCUGAUGCAGAGGCUACACCUGUUCCCUGAAGAUGUUAUUCCAGAAGAUAUAGAGAAGAACCUUCUACAAGAGAUUCCUCAGCCACGUGCAGUCCCCAGGAGAUUAGAUGAAUAUACACAAGAAGAAAUUGCUGCCUUUCCAAAGGUUUGGACUCCACCUAAAGAUUUUCGAAGGAAGUAAUUACCAGAAAAGAAGAAGUGCCAUCAGGAGUGUCUCUCCUCCUUCAAAGGAAAAUCUUCUAAUAUGGAAGCAUCUGUGCAGCUCAGUCGGCCCUUCUAUACUGAAUGCUUCUGACAGCUGUCAGCAAACUUGACUUGGCACAAUUAUAGAAAUUAGCGUAUUUGAAACAGCUAAGAAUAGGUAUUAUCUUGUUAAUACCAUCUGUACUCUGCAUUGUAUGAUCUGGUAUUUGUUAAUGGUGUUUGAUAUGAUACUGUUAUUAAAGAAUUAAUACCUUUGUAAUGAGUAUUUGUGUCUUACAGAAACAAUACAUGGACUACUGCUAUGAAGUAGCUAACUCUAGAAGUUGCAAAACUUGAAUUCCGUGCAGGAGGAGCAGAGAAUAAUGAUGGUCACCAUAAUUUUUUAUCCUUGAACUUUGACCAUCUUUUGAUACAUUGUGCUCUAAGGAACAAAAUGACAACUACUGUUUUUUAAAUAAUCUUAUUUUUUCAGGCUACUGUUCAUCUGCAUCUAAAUCUUGGCUGCGCUGAAUGACAACAGCAAGGGUGACUCUACUUUCUAGCUGCCGAAUGUCAUUAAAUGUGUUCCUAAUGGUAUUUUAUUCUUGAUGUUGAGAUGUUACAUGAUUGUCAUCGGGAGAUUCAAUAUCCCUGUGGUUCUGUCUGCCUUGGAAAGUAGCCAGGCAGAGCAUUGCUCCAGCUGGGCAUGGCUUGUGACUCUGCUUGUUACCAACCAGAACACCCAUUUGGGGCUGUGCCGUGCAUUUGCUGAAGUGACUCUUCCUCAUAAGGAGGAGGGUCUACUGACAACCCAGUGUAGAACAGAUUUCAUUUAAGAGCUUGUUGAAAUAACAGGCAGUAAACGCAGAUCACAGAGAGAUACUUCUCCUUUUUUUCCCCUUCAGCCUCAAUCUGAUUUUCAUUCAAGUCACAGGAAUAGGCCUUACUUACUCUAAGGAACAUAUUACAGAACAAAGCAGCAACAUUUUUAUUAUGAAAACCUAAUGAGGAGACCAAACUUAAGUAUUGAAUGAUGCAAAAAAGUCUUAAAAUUUGCUUCACGGUUGCAAGCUAUUUCCCUGAAAUUCCUGUCUGCUUUCCUGCUCUGAAAACCCUCGAGCCAAAGCUGUUCUGUAGAUAAGUAAAGCACCUGUUGUUUUCUGUGUUGUAGGAAAUGCUGGUACAUUAUUUGCCAAAUUUUACAAUGUUUGGUGAGGAGAAUUUGAGUGUUUUACAUCUAUUUCAUUCAAGCAUAAUACAGGAAGAAAACCAGUUGUUCAUUUAUAACCAUAUUUCAUUAAAUGAAAUAGUGAUUUGGUA